AUUGCACAGCUCUGGCAUUUCCUGCCAUUUAGCUACUUUCAUGAACAGCUGUAUGGCCGAUUCUGUGAUGCUGAUGUCUAAAACUGGACCGCUAUUUACAUUUGGGCUAUUAUUACAGCCGCCGGCUUUGCUGUAAAUGGCGAUAUUUAUUUGCCUACAAAUGCACCACUCGAAUGUUAGACGUAGCUUGCGAUGUUAUCGAUAAAUAUGUUGGACCAAACGAAACGGACGCUAACGUUACUUGUAGCAAGUGGGUAGACGUGUUUUAAACGGGCAAACGCCAACACAUUUUAGUUGUUACAGUUCGGGAUUCGGUCAAAACCGGGCUCAGUUCCACACGCUUGUAUAAAGAUAGACCGUACAGUCAUUGUUUAUAAUAGAUAUACCGCGAUAACGUUAAUACUUUUGAUCCGAAAAGGCUUAGAACUACAUUACCUAACGUUAACGUUUCUGCUAAGUAACGUUCACGUUAACUUACUCCGCUAACGUCACCCGGCGAAAGUGUUGAAUUGAAGCAAAGGCAGCGACGACAACGUGGGAUAACGACUUCAUCAGCUAUUACUGGUCCUAGAUACGGUUCCUCCUCCGUCAUGGCCAAAUAUGCGAAGAAAUGCUUUGGAUAAGUGAGUCCGAAACCGGAGUUGCUGGAUCUACCAUAUAACCUAGCUGCUGCAACGCUGGGAACGAAUACGGACGACAAGAUGAAGGAGGAGAACCUGUACCGCCGGCGGUUCUCGCUCUGUCCGACGACACUGUCGCCACCAAAGAUAGACCCGCGGACCCUGACAAGGAAUCUGUCAUAUGCAGGGGACAACGACAUUUACCCCCUCAGGCCAGGUGGGGACUCGGACCGUAAUGGCUUGUCUUCGCCAAGCGACGAUUUCAGUCCUGCACAGUCUCCCGGCAGCCCAUUGGAUCCCAGGGUGUUCGGAAGUGUGGAGGGGGACAAUACCCCAGCGUCUCCAACGGAGAAGCUGGGCAGGAAGGAGUCCCUUAAGGUCCAGAAGAAGAAUUACCGUCAGGAGAAGAAGAGGGCAGCCAAAGAGUUAUGCAGUGCUCUCAAGGACCCCAGUGUGGUCAUCAUGUCCAACUGGGUGAAGAUCCGCGGCUCCCUGAAGAGCUGGACCAAGCUGUGGUGUGCGCUGAAGCCGGGCCUGCUGCUCAUCUACAAGAGCCCCAGCAUGGAGCACUGGGUGGGCACGGUGCUGCUCAGCUCCUGCAAGCUCAUCGAGAGGCCCUCCAAGAAGGACGGCUUCUGCUUCAAACUCUACCACCCGCUCGACAAGUCCAUCUGGACCAUGAAGGGUCCUAAAGGGGAGAAUGUGGGCUCCAUCACACAGCCUCUGCCCAGCAGUUACCUCAUCUGCAGGGCUGCAUCUGAAUCAGACGGUCGUGUGUGGAUGGACGCUCUGGAGCUGGCCCUUAGCUGCUCCAGCCUGUACAAGCUGACGGCCAAGAGCUGUCGGGACGGAGACCUGAGCUCCUCCUCUGACUCCUCCCACAUCCUCCAGCUCCUGCAGUCCCCUGUCCUCACAGAGCAAGCACUCCAGCAGUUGAAUGACUCCAUGCUGGAGAACCACAUGGAGAAUGAUGGCUACUCAGACAAGUCGGAGAGGGAAGCCCAUGAGGACUCUGACAACGCGGCCAAUGAGAAUGGGGGACGCGUGACGGAGGAGAGUGACAUGGACCAAUCGGAUGACCUCUCGCCGUGUCUGCAGGCCACCACCUAUGUAGAGCAGGGACAAGAGGAAAUGGCUGAGGCUGGAGAGGCGUCCCAGGUGGAGACGGUGUCGGAGGAGAACAAGGGCCUGAUCUGGACCCUGCUGAAGCAGCUGCGGCCGGGCAUGGACCUGUCCAAGGUGGUGCUGCCCACCUUUAUCCUGGAGCCGCGCUCCUUCCUGGACAAGCUCUCCGACUACUACUUCCACGCCGACCUGCUCUCCCAGGCCGCGCUGGAGGAGAACGCCUACUGCAGGAUCAAGCAGGUCGUGCGCUGGUACCUGUCUGGUUUCUACAAGAAGCCCAAGGGUUUGAAGAAGCCCUACAACCCCAUCCUGGGGGAGACAUUCCGCUGUUGUUGGCUCCACCCUGAGACGGACAGCUGCACAUUCUACAUAGCAGAGCAGGUUUCUCAUCAUCCACCCAUUUCAGCAUUUUAUGUGUCCAACAAAAAAGAUGGCUUCUGCAUCAGUGGAAGCAUCCUUGCCAAGUCCAAGUUCUACGGUAACUCUUUAUCUGCGAUACUGGACGGCAAGGCCAGGUUACUGCUGUUGUCCCGCGAUGAGGAGUACGUCAUAACAAUGCCCUAUGCUCACUGCAAAGGCAUCCUGUAUGGCACUAUGACCUUGGAGCUGGGGGGCAAGAUCACCAUCGAUUGUGAGAAAACCAAAUGUUCUGCCGAGCUGGAGUUCAAACUCAAGCCUUUCCUGGGCGGCUCCAGCAGUGUGAAUCAGAUUUCUGGAAAGAUCCGUAUGGGAGAUGACGUGAUGGCCACAGUGGAGGGCCACUGGGACGGUGAGGUAUUUGUGCAGGAGAAGAGGUCUAGCCAGCAGGAGGUGCUGUGGAGUCCUACCCCAGAGGUGCGCAGCCGCAGACUCAAGAGACACGUUGUCCAGCAGGACCAGCAGGGACCGUUCGAGUCCGAGAGGCUUUGGCAGCAAGUGACCAGCGCUAUCGAGGACCGAGACCAGAACCGUGCCACGCAGGAGAAGUUUGUGUUGGAGGAGGCGCAGCGGCGGGAGGCCCGGGAUCGAGGGGACGGAGCCUGGAACCCUCACCUCUUCAGCCUCAACCCAGACACCAGCGAGUGGCAGUACAAGCACAUCGACACUAGACCCUGGGAUGUGGACUCGUGCCUUCUGCAGUUUGAGAAAGACGGCGUCAUCCAGACCAAGCAGAGGCAGCAGCAGCGGCGGCACAACGGCUACUCCUACAGCCGCAGCUGGGCCAGCAAGCAGAAGGCCCAAGUGAAUGGCAAGCACAGGAAGUCAAGUAGCCAGCCCUCGAGCUGCAGCCAGAACACUGAGAGCAGCGGCUCCACUCCAGAGCCUCCGCAUGAGUCAUCAGACAAUGAGGGCUACCCGACUCAGUGCACUCGCUGCAACCAGCAGGGGAAGGACAUAGCCCAGAUCGAGUCCUCUGUAGCCUCCAUCCAGAAGACCCAGCAGGACAUUCAGAGGAACCUGCAAUCCCUGAGCCGCCAGCUGACCCAGCGACGAGCUGCGGAGGAGAGUGUGGCCCUGAGUGGACGCCACUGGCUCAUCCUCUGCAUGCUCCUGGUCUUCCAGCUGCUCAUCAACUACGUCUACACUUGAGUCGCCUGCUCUCACACAUGCGCUCACUCUCUCUCUCUCUCUCACCACCCCCACCCUCUGGAGGCCAGAGGUCAGGGGUCACAGGCCACGCAGCCCUCCCGGUGCCUAGCAAUAAACACAGCCAAACCCCCAACCCCACCUGACCCCAUCCUCCAGUCUGCAGACAGAAACUGGUCCAGAACGGCUGCCUCACCCUCACUGCCACCACGGUCAUCCACUCAAGGUCAUCCACUCAAGGUCAUCCACAACUCACCCACCCCCCACCGCCGCCCUUCCAGUGAAGCUCAUCACCGUGGCAACAAGCACUUCAGAGGAAAUGACUCUGUGUUAAAGCUAAAGAAUGAACUUCAAGAGCUGGACGACCUCAAUGUCUGAUGAUCAUUUUUAUCCAAGCACAUAGAUGUGAGGGGGGGACUCUCAUUUCCUUGUGCGCGUGUAUUAAAUAGUACGUUUUUAUUAUUAUUUUAAUAUUAUUUUUUAAACCCUGAUGUUCUGUGUGUAGAUAGAUGUGAAUCUCCCUCUGCUGUCCCCUUUUCCUGUAUUUUGGCCUUAUUGCUGAAACCAAAUGGAAGAUGAUGUCCAUUUGUGGAGAUCAGCAAAAUAAGCAAACAAACAAAAAAACAAACAAAAAAAAAGAAUAGUGCAAUUCAGUGUCUUUCUGUACAUGCACAGUACACUCACUAAACAAACAACAAAUACCAAAAUAGUGUUUGUUUUUUCUAAAUGAAAAAAAAAAAAGAGUACAUGUUUACAUUGCUUGUUUUUUAUAUAAAACACAAAGACGUUUGGUGACUGUGAGCAAGGAAGAGAGAUGUUAGCAUUUCCUCUCGUCUCUCUUCAUCGCUCCUGAGAUGAAAGAUGUUAGUAAAGGAAAAGGUGAAGUGAAGACCCAGAGUUGAGACCCCUUAACCCACAUGUCUUACUCUUAACCUGAUGAUACGCAAGGCAACGCUCUGCGCCAUGAUGGUGAGCGGUGUCCCUGCGUGCUAUUGGUCGGACACAUUCCCAUUGGUCUAUGCCAACAAUUCUUGGCUCAACUUAAAUCAUCAGCAGAUAAAUUGUCAUAAUCAUCCAACCAGAACACACAAAAAACAGUUAUGUGGUUGCCCAGCAACAUUGCUCAAUAAGUUGCCCCAUGUAUCAUCAACUUUAGAGAGGUGUAAGACUGAUUCUGCUUUGGGUGAUGCUAAUUAACAGAGGGGAGAAUCUGAAAGAAGUGUUGUACCUCUGCCACUAAGUGCCAUCAAGCUUUAAAGGAUGUUCUGGGGUUACGAAAACAGUGGCUACUAUGAAUGAUUGAAUUCACCAAUGUGUUAGGCCUGUUGUCCAAGAAGAUAAGCAAAGUAGUCAACCGGUACACAAGUCUGUAAAGUAGAAAGAUAAUCAAAUAUGUAUAUAUUUGUCCAAAUGUCCACCUGGUAUGUUUCACUUGACAAAAAAAAAAAAAAAUCAAGAAUGUAUUUAUUGAUUUUCCUAAUCACACUGUGUUUAGAGAAUUCAUAUGUAUGUAUGGUUAAUGCCAACACACGCUUACAAUGAGCAAUAUGUAUGAAGGAAACAGGUAUGGCUGUUCAUCAAACCUAGCUGUGUGAAAGAGCACAUCGUAGAAGAGAUGUUCAGACUGAAUGAUGCCGACUCAAUUGUAUUUUAUGAAUUUUCUUUGUUUUAAUUUUCUUCCAUUUUUUUUUUUAUCUCUGUCCAAAAACACUUGUAACAACAAAUAAUGAGCGGAAUGAAUUCACUGUUUUGUGAUAUGUAUCACAUCCCACAGCACUACAGUAAAAUUUUACAUUUUGAUUCAAAUA